AAACAAGAGAGGCGUGAACUCGACGAUUUUCCCCUUCAACUCAAUCCUCAUCAUCGUUCUCAUCCACCAGUUCCAAACUUUUGCCUCUGGGGAUCUAAAAACAUUAUCUUUUCAAUCCAACAAAAGUGUCUUUCUUUUCCAUGAUGUAAAUGAUGAGGAUAGUCUGAUCUACGCAUGCCCGAAAUGAAUGCAAAUUUAGUCUGAAUCCCAGCGGAUCCGAACAAUCCACCAAUUCCUUCAAGGUAAAACUUAAAAAGCUUAAACCAGAUACCGAACAAUCAUGUACAACACUUGCAGUAUUAGUUCAAGUGUGUUGUCGCUUAGGAGAAAUGGGUCUCUUUCAUUUUCAUCCAACGAUUGUUCUUCCAACGUUUUCAAUCCAUCACUUGACAAAACCCCUUUCUUAUCUUCAUCGUCGCCGCUAUGUUCUUCUUCAUGUUGUUCAUCUUGUGCUUCUUGUUGUUGCUCCGCAUUUGCUGCUUCUGCCACACAUAGGAUACCCAUUACCCCUUGCUUUUUGUAUGGAUUAAGGCAGUCUGCCCUAGUUCACCGCUCACCUUCUAGGAGGUUCAUUUCAACUGCUGGAUACCGCUGCCUUUUGCGGUUUCCAAGCUUCGAUCGAGCUGCUUUCGAGGUUUCUACUGGUAGUAGGGUUAGUAGGAAAAGUAAAGGGAGGCUUGGAUGUGUGGUUUGGGAGGAUAAUACAGCUAGUUCUAGGUUGUUAGGCGGAGUCGAUGCCGCUGAGGCCAUGAUCAGCUUAUUGAGUGAGGAAGCCGAUGGGCAGUGUUUAGGUACUGGAGAAAUGAAUAGGAGUACAUAUACGAUAGCGGAAGUGAACAAAGCAAAGCAUUAUAAUAGCAAGUUCUAUAGCCUGAAGAAGAAAAGUAAACAAGUUGACAACAAAACAAGCCACGGUAACCAAUGCAAUAAUGAAACGAAGCAAAAAUUGCAAUUGGAUGAGAGAGGGAGGCAGAAGACUAGAACUUUGGGGUCAGAUAUGUUGGAGAGUGAUUCUAAGGAUGAAUAUGACCCCAUUGCUGUUUUGUCAAGAGAAGAGAGUAGAAGGAUGGCAGAGAGCAAGUCAUCCUUGAGAGCUGAGCAUCGUAGGGGAAGGACAAGGAGUUCUAGUUGCUCAUCUUAUUACUCCUUGUCAUCUUCGGGGGACUUAGAGAGUGACCCUGAGCUCUCAGAACAAGAGCAAUUUGUUGCGGAAUCAAUAAGGGAUGAGACUAGCAGAAGUGAGGGACAGGUUGCAGCAGGCCGGAAGAGGGACAAUGCAGGGGGAAAGAGUGUUGAUUGGGAUUUAAGAAAAAAGUCAGAGAAGAAGCUUGCUGAAGUAUCUGCUGAAGAAAUACAAUCUGGGGAAAAAUCAUCGCAAGAAUUUGCAAGAAUGGUGAAGAAUGAUGCAAGUGACUAUGUGAAAAGAUCUAGUUCCCAUGAGCAACAUGAUGUCGAGGACUGGGAAAUAAGAAAGCAGCAUACUCGUACAAAUAAUCAAGUUAUUGGGCGGUCUGAAUCUAGAAAGAAAAGCCAGGACAUUAGAGAAAUGACAAAGAUCCAUGUUAGUGAUGUUGCCACAACUUCCCAUGAGAAGCAAUUCACUGGCAGGGAAGCAAAUGUGAGAGAGUCAGAAAUCCGAGACAGUGCUGAAAAAAAUUCUACUUUGCAGCGGCAAUCUGAAUCUAGAAUGAAGAUUGAGGAAGAAGAUAGGAAUCUAGUUCAGAGUCGGUCCGGAUCGAAAAUGAAGAUAUGGGAAGAAGAUACAACCAUGGCCCAGAGUUCAUUUCAGCAGACAAGAAAGCAACAUCAGCAAAAGGAUGAAAGGAUCACCGGACAACUGGAAAUGAGAAGAAAAUCAGAAUGCUCAAGUGAAAUUAAUGAAGCCAAGAACAAGAAGACCUCAAUAUUACAGUCCGGAACACAAAAGAUGAAAUGGGAUGAUACUUCAAGCAUAAAUUUCAGUUCUGAUCAAAAACUACCUCAUAGAAUUGAGCCUGGUAAAGGAAUGCAAGCUAUUACAAAUAUAUCUGUUGUUCAUGCUGACAACACUAAGAUAGUUACCAAUACUCAAACAAGUUCUGGAGAAAGAUUGGUUGAACAUGAAAGUAAUUUCUCUUCAGGUUUGGGUUGGAUUAAUGAGAGAAGUGAAAUACAUAAUGAAGGCACUGGUAGAGUUGAGCAAAAGAAAUCAAAAAAAGAGAUCUUGAAACCUGCUAGCGUAUCAAGUUCUUCUGGAAAAGCCGAGGAGGGCUCUAGUUUUCAAGCAUCUUUGAGUUUAGUUUCAGAAACACGAGAACAACAGUCUCAUGCUGAUUUAGAGGAAUCAGAAAAGAGAGGCAAAGAGGAUGUUUUGAUGCCUCCUCAUCCUCAAGUCAUAGCUGGCGGUCUCCUGCAUGAUACCUCAAUGACCAGGAUUUUCUCUAAGGAGGCUUCUGAUAAAACUUCAGAAAGUGGCUCUGCUACCUCAUACAUGUAUUCAAGAGGAAGGACUGCAUUUGCACACCAUGAACCGUAUGCGAGAGAAAGGAGUGAGACUUAUGGGGAGUCUUUAAACAUGACUACCUGUGAAGAUUCUCUGGGUUCUGCUCAACGGUUAGAGGAAUCAUCCUCACAAUUUCUUGGGGAGUUUGUUGAGAAGGCAAGGCAUGAUAUCUUAAUUUCUGGGGUCCAACAGGGUAAUAUAAGUUCUGACUUCACUUCUUCAUAUGAAGGCGAUAAGCAUGAGCCAAGUUCUUCUGGUCAAUAUGGCAAGGAAGAACUGAAGAUGAGAAGGCAUUACUUGAGGCAGUCAUCAAAGGGCUCUGGAGGAAAGGGACCCUCUGAUGAAAUGUGGGAUGUAAAAGACCCAUCUGUUCAGGAACCCCUUGAAGCAGAAAUUCCUCAGCGGACUUCUACAUCAGAGCAUGCUGUCAUAAAGAAAAGUGGCAGGUCCUUGUGGACCCUUAUGGGAGAUAUCGUUCGAUUGCGAUGGAGUUCACAUGCUCAGACCCAUAGCUCAAGUUCAGCUGCAAGAUCCCGAGGAAGGACUUCACCAGACGAGUCUGUUCGCAAUGAGACAUGGUUUUCUGGUCAUGAAACAAAUGAAAACAGUGAAGAAAAUCUGAGAAGGGAAAGAAACAACCUGGCUUCGGAGGGAAUAUCUCAUUGGUUGGGACAAGGAAUUCAAGGUGAAGGAGAUUAUGACCCAACAAGGACAACUGAAAAAGUAGGAAACCUUGAAGGGAACAUUUCAUCAUCUUCAAAUAUAUUAGAAACUGCACCUGCAUCAGAAGUUAUUUCAUUGACCUCACAAAAGGAGAAACAUGACAGGAGUAGCUUUGAGGUAGCCCCUUCAGACAAGGAGGUAAUACAGUCAUCUUUACCGUUUCCAGCCGGAAGCACAAGAACAACUCUUGUAAUAGAAGAGAUUCCAGAACCUGAUAAAAUUAAAAUCCAGGGAAGUGGGUCAAUAAGUACAAUGGGACAACCUCUUGGUGCAGGACUAGAUGAAGCAUCAAGGUCUGAGGGUAAGGAGGGGGAACUAAAACAAAGAAAACUUCAACGGACCAAACAAGUUCCAAGAGAUAGAUUUGAUGAAUGGGAAGAAGCAUAUAAACUUGAGUGUGAGCAGCAGAAAAUUGAUGAAAUGUUUAUGAGAGAAGCAUUGCUGGAAGCCAAGAAAGCUGCUGGUUCUUGGGAGUUGCCUGUUGGGGCAGUACUAGUUGAGCAUGGGAAGAUAAUUGCUCGUGGUUGCAACAUGGUAGAGGAAUUACGAGAUUCAACUGCGCAUGCAGAAAUGAUCUGUAUACGGGAAGCUUCGAGCAUACUACGUUCCUGGAGGCUUGCGGAUACAACACUUUAUGUUACACUUGAACCAUGUCCCAUGUGUGCUGGAGCAAUACUUCAGGCAAGAAUUGACACUGUGGUGUGGGGAGCUCCCAAUAAGCUUCUAGGAGCAGAUGGCAGCUGGAUACGGCUUUUCCCCGAUGGAAGAGGAAGUGGUUCAGAAGUGACAGAGAAGCCAGAGGCUCCGGUCCAUCCAUUCCAUCCAAAUAUGGGAAUCAGACGGGGGAUAUUGGCAUCGGAGUGUGCCGAUAUGAUGCAACAAUUUUUCUAUCUCAGGAGAAAGAAUAAGGUAAAGAAUGCAGAGCAGUCCCAACCACCAUCUUGUCUUCCUAUAACAAGUCAUCAAUCAAAAUUCUUUACCAAGAUGCAUGAUUUCUUGCAUUUGAUGUUCUGUUUGUGAGAUUGUAGGAAACCAACAUGCAGUUUUUUUUAUUAGGUUCUAUAAAGUGUUUUAUGAAUGAAAUGCUAAUUUUCUUCCAAUCAAAUUGAAUGUGUGAUAGAUUAUUAGAUUUGGCA